UUUUGGAAUGGUUUUGGUAUUGUUGGAUAGAGCAUAAAAUAGGCUAUAAAUGAGGAUAAUAAAAAAAUUUUGAGUUAAUAAAGAAAAAAGUUAUUGAGAAAAUAUAGGCGUUUUUGGGAUAAAAUGUCCGAUUUUUUUGUUUUUUAUUUUUUAAAUUUUUCCUAAUUAAUCCUAAAUUUUUGUUUUUGUCCUCAUUUGUAGCAAAUUUAAUUCUCUAUCGAAUGAUACCAAAACCUUAUCUGAACCCUUACCCACUCAAAAGUUAUGGGGUCUAGACUCUACUGUACCCGGCUGUCUCUUAUCCACGCGACCGUUCUCCCUUUCCCUCUCCUUUCCCCUACACAUUUUCUUUUAUUCUUUCACCUAGUAAUUUUCAGUCACAUUCACCCCUUUUCAUUUUUUUAUCUUCCUUACAAACGUUUUAUGGCGGCAUAAACUCCUCUAUAUUUUUUUUGCUCCCAGCUGCGCUUUAUCUUUAUUCUCUCCCUUCUUUUUCUAGCUUUGGCCAAUCCUCAGCUUUUUAUUUUUAUUUUCUCGGGUCUAAAAUCAUAAUUCUAAUGCUACACCGUUAUUUUAUAUAUUU